AUGUUCUUCUUCUUUAUCGAGAACCUUCUCGCUGAUGGAAUUCGCAGGUGGAAGAACAAAGAGCAACCUCUUCGUGUUGGCAUCUUCAUCUCAGGAACUGCUAUUGGAUCUUUGGCAGGACAGGGAAUUGACCUUGGUGCAGUGCAUCUCUCCGGUGCCUACACUGCGAGUCCCUGGAAAUGGAUUUACGUUAUCCUAGGUUCUGUUACUGUGGGAUUCGGCAUCUUCACUGGGCUCAUCUUCCCUGCCAAUCCUAUGAAAGCCUGGUUCCUCACUGCCAGAGAGAAGGAAAUUGCAGUGCGACGACUUGCCCAGAACAAUACGGGGAUCCAGACUCGCAAGUUCAAAUGGAGGCAAGUCAAGGAAGCCUUCACGGAUCCUCAGUUGUACAUCUUUGGGGUUUACAGUUUCACAUUCGCGUUUGUCAACAAUGCCAUCGGCACUUUCGGAGGCUUCUUGGUCUCGUCCUUCGGCUAUUCUAACACGAGAGCUCUUGUCCUUUCAAUGCCUGCGAGCGCCGUUGCCAUUGUUUCCAUGGUGUCAUCUGGAAUAUUCGGCACGUUCUUUCCACGCCGACGCAUUCUGAUUGCCAUUCUUUACCUUCUUCCCAGCCUGGCAGGAAACAUCAUCCUGUGGAAGAGCGACAGGUCAAGCAAGGGGGCCCUUUUGGCUGGGUUGUACAUCUCUACUACGCUCUACGGCGCUCUUGUACAGGAAUUUGCUCUCCUUUCCUCCAAUAUAGGCGGACACACUAAGAAAACAGUCAUCAAUGCCACGAUAUUCGCUCUUGCGAACCUCGGUGGCUUUUCUGGACCAUGGGCAUACGAAGGAAAUGAAGCCGCACGAGGCUACCCUACAGGUCAGAUUACAACUUUGAGCUUACUUUGUGCGAGCGUGGGAUGUUUUGUACUGCUUUGGAUUCACUAUAUCCGUUGCAACAAGAAGAAAGCCCCGCUCAGGGAAGAACACCCUGAAUUGAUUACGGAUCCAAAUGUUGCCUUUGCAGACUUGACAGAUCAAUCGAACCCGAUCUUUCAAUAUGUGUGUUGA